AUGCCUCCCUUACCAGGCGCCAGUAAGAAGAAAAACCGAGAUGGGCGACGGUCUCGAAGUAGGAACACCACGCCGAGCUCGGUUCUCAGUGCUGGGACUGCCCCGCUUGGACCGACGUCGACCCCUCUUCUCGAGCUGGAAGUGUCUAAACUCCUGGUGUCCCCCAAGCCGAAUUAUGCAGAGAUCAUAGACCAUCUGGAGACCCAUGGCUCUAAACUGGAGCCCAAGUCGCUGCACGACAUCAUCGAUCAGUUGAAGCAUCUCAGUGAAUCAGCCGAAAAACGCGCCGAAUCAUGUGAGAAAGCCAUUCGGCUCAUUCAUGACCAGAAGAAAAAUGCGGAAGCAGACCAGCAAGAUCGCGACCGCCAGGCUGAGCAGGCUCGCCGGGCAAAGGCGCGCAAAGAGGAAGCGCACUCACAGAAGAAUCCCAAGGCAAAGAAACGCAAAGAUCGACCCGAGACUUUUGACAACGUCGAGAUCAAGAAGGAAGAUGAACCUUCAAAGACGAAACUGUCCCGUGCCACACCCGGGCCUUCGGACAGUCCUUCUCCUUCAAAGAAGACCAAGCUCAGUCCUGGGACUUCAUCACUGUCAGAAGUCGCGGAUUCUCCAGACGCUGCAGCUGCCAGCGCGCACGCCUCACCAACCAAGUCCGACGUGUCCAUGUCAGAUGCUGAAGACAGCCGCGUUGUUCACGGUCAGCCGCCCAUGCCUCAACAAGGUUUCUUCCCCGACCCUCUGGCGCCGGACCCCGUCAUCUACCACAUUCGGAAAGUGACACCUGGCAUGUCAGACGAGGAGAAGAAGGCGAUCUACAGUGUCACUGCGUAUCCGACAAAGGACCUAAGUGAUCAAGUCGCCGGCACCCCACCUGACAAAGACUUCAGCAAUGCGAAGCCUACCAAUCAAGUCGCUGCCAACACAUUCCUUACCUAUGUGGAACCAUUUGUCCGGCCGCUCACGGAAGAGGAUAUUGCAUGGUUGCGCGAACGAGGUGAUCGAACAACACCCUUUCUCGCAGUACCCCGUGGCAAGCGUUCGUACCAGGAGAUCUGGGCAGAAGAAGAUUCGGGUACAAUCUCCGUUGAGAAUGGCAACGAAAAACUACCCUGGAAUCAUCCAAGGGGAAACGUGGAACAAAUCAACGAUGAAAAUGUCGCGACGGAUCAGAUUUCGACUGGACCAUUGGCGAGCCGGCUUCUGUCUCUUCUCAAGUUUGAGCACCGAUCACCGCCGAAUGAUACCAAUGCCACAGGUGACUUGAAUUCUUUUAUGGCUGAUGGCAAUGAUACUAUGGACUUGGAUGGGCUCACAAACGGCCAUGACACUUCUGAGAAGCCGCUGCCUCCUGCAACGGCUGUCGCCGACCAGGCCCCUGCGAAAGCCUCCACCUCCCAGCGCCUGGACUACAUUCAAAGUGAGGAACGAAUCAAAGGCGAGCUCCGACAUCUUGGACUCCUGGGGCAAGACGAAAAUCCUGAUUAUGAUGCUCACCAUGAUGAUGACAUUAGCGAGAGGUUGCGUCUGCUGCAGGGAGAAUUGCGUCGCGUGAUGGUUGUCAACGGGGCCCGCAAAUCACGUCUGCUGGAUCUCGCCAAAGAACGGCUGGCGUUUCAGGAGUACAGCACUAUUCAUGAAGAUCUUGACAGCCAAGUCCAACAAGCCUAUCUUAAGCGAACUCGCACGUUGGGAAAGACAAAGAAGGGAGGCCCAGGAGCCAACAAACCACGACCAGGCAGCCAUGGCGUGGGCGGACCUGGAACAGCAAUGAAUGUCAACAGAGCCAGAGACAUUGGUGACUCAGCUCGGAUGCUUAUGGAUCGGAGAAAGCGAUGGGAGAAUUGCAUCGGACCCGUCUUCAAGGACAUGAAUCAUGGCAUUCCACCUCAGGGCAGUACUUUAUGGGAUCCAAAGAUCAUGGAAGCUUAUGAAAAAGCCGAGAUGGAAGCCCUUGAAGAAGAAGCAGAUUGA